AGAGUACUCUGUGGAGGCGUAUCGUAAACCCGCAGGCCGAAACAUGGCGGAUGUUUUGUUUGUGUGCGCAAGGAUGGUUACGCGCGGUGUGCGCGAUUGCGUUUUUAUUACGGUGAACGAUAACGCCGCGUCGGUGGUGCAAAAAGUCGCAUGAGCCCGGCGGCACGGAGUGAGUCGGGCGCUAAGCGAAGCGACACGGACGAUGAACGCGACGAGCCUGUACGUGUCGACGUGUCGGCUGGUACUGCAGGCGGACGUCGACGACCUCAACUCUUGGACGGACCUUUAUAGGCUAGUCCCGUAUCUGCGUCAGAGCCUCAGUUGCACUGUGUGCUCUAACCUGCUGAUUGAGCCGCACACCCCGACCGAGACCAACUGUCAACACCACGUAUGUCGCGGCUGCCGCGGCGGUCGCAAGAAGCUCAAGCCGUCGUGCGGCUGGUGCAAGGACUACGAGAAGUACGUGGAGAAUGUGCAGCUGCGAAUACUGCUGCAGUGUUACAAGAAACUGUGCGAGUACCUCACCAGCACUGGUAUCUACCGCAGCUUACUGCACUCCGUGUCGGCGAGUGGUGCAACCAAUGGCGCCUCCACCAUCGGCGCCAGCAGCCUCAUGGAGCUUAUCCAGGAAGGUGCAGGUUUCAAGGAUGAGUUCAAGAGCAACGCUGGCCUGUCAAAGUCAGCAUACAGUAUCUUACCGUGUGUCUACACCAGCACAACUUCUACUCAGACUCAGGCUAAUAGUGUACAGACCAGCGAGGCGAUGUCCCAAAGCAUACCUGAAUCGCCAACAAUCCGGACUGUGUCGAAUGGGUCCUCAAUAUAUUCCGUGAUGUAUGCUGGAUCCGGCAACAAGAUUACAAUAAAACGUAAAGCAGCAGCUACAGAGGAUAUGGAGACAGGACAGCAGGAGACGGACGGCAGUCAGCACAGCUCUGUAGGAGGGGUAAAAUGCAUUCCGUCUUCCCACCUUAAAUAUGGGACCGCCUCUCAGAAAAAAUCUUCAAAGGGCAGCAAACAGUCCUCAGGCAGUUUUAAAAAGCCACGAUCGAGCUCAGCCAGGAGUAAAAGGAAAGGGUGCAGAUGCGGCAACGCCACCGCGAUACCCGGAAAACUCACCUGUUGCGGACAACGGUGUCCCUGUUACGUCGAAAGUAAACCCUGUGUAGAAUGUAGAUGUAGAGGUUGCAGGAAUCCUCAUACAGCAGAUGGAUUGAAGAUCCGUCCACACAUACCUGAACUUCACAAUUUACAACUGCAAUUGUCCACUUCUCUGGAUUGCGACGCGCUUAGUGGGGACCCUCUCGGAACCGUGCCGCAGUGUCUUUCAACAUCUCCCACAACGAUACAAGUCUUGAACGUCUACUCCACUCCGAGACUAGACAUUGACAAUGUACCGCAGAACUUACCCGCCGCGCUCUUAGUGGGCGAGGACGCUAUGGUCAGUACUGAAAGUGAGGCGGAAGACAGCGAUAUACAGAUCGAUGUGUGACAAAGUAGUUAAAUGCACAAUUAUCGCGGUUAGUCGCGCGUAAUCGUGCCGAAGAGAACGACAAGUGAAAAUGUGUAAAUAGCGGAAGAAAACUGAGUGCGUCUGAAAAUCUCGACCGAGCAUGUGUUGAGAGACAGAGAGAGAAGCAGGAACAUAAAAAUCAAAAAUAUAUAUUAGAAAAGGGCUCUAUGAUAAAUAAUUACUGUAAGAAGAGAGAAUCUGAUUAUAUGCGUUUGUACAUUUGUAAUCGAGAUUGGAAAGGUUAUUUCUGUCUCAUUUUUUUCUUCUCAAUCUCUUGGAAUAAGGAAUAUUGCUAUGUAUAAUUGGCACAUAGACAUUAGGAUUUAUUAACAUCCUAUACAUGUUAAUAUUUAAAUCAUUCCUGUUGAAAAAAAUUGCUUUUAGAUCAGCAAGAUAUCCGUUAAAUGUGCUGAGUAAUAUUAUAAGCAGUGGUUGUAUUUAUAUUUAAAUUUUAUUUCUUUCGUUCUACCAACGAAAAACAACAGCAUUACUGAGUUGCUGAAAGAAGGUAACGUCUAACUUACUCAACAGUGCUUAUGAUUUCACUUUCAAGUUGUAAUCGGCUCUUCUCUUCUUACUUAAAAAAAUGAUAUAUAUAUAUAUAUAUAUUUACAAAUUUACAAUGUUAAAUUGAUUUAGAAAAGCAUUAUUAUAUCAUACAUGAGAACCAAGUGGAAAUCAUAUAUGAUUUAUUACCUGAAUAUUUGUAAAUAUUUGCGUCGUGAUACGAAAAAAUGCAAAUUUAGUUAGAUGUUAAAUCACUAACGAUUAAUUUGUGUUUCUAAGAACAAAUGAUGUGAUUUAGCAUCUGUUAUUAGUUUUAUUUAUUAUCUUAAUUCUUGAAGUUACGCGAAGGCUCGUAUCCUCCAUUAAAAGCUGUUUAAUUAAUUGUACAGUAUAAAAGGCAAGAGUUUCAUGAAAUAUAAAAAUGCUUCUCGCGUUUAUAUUCUGCGUGUAUGGAACGAAGUUCAUGCAACUCUAUUCAUCUCAAAUAUCUCCGCAAAAUUAUUACUAAAAUGAAUGAAUUGAAAUUUCGUAGAUCAAAGGAAGGAGACAGUAUAACUAUGCCGAAAUCGCUUCUAGUAUUUAAAAACAUUAUCUAACCUUUUUAACACGAGAUACUAUUUUU